AAUCUAUGUUGGACAAGCGAGACUAAUAUACACAUAAAAUGGCGUCUGGAGCACUGUUUGGAAAUGCAAGUGGACGAAGCCAGAGUAAAAAUCUGGUGGAAUUCCGGGCUGGAAAGAUGACUUUGAGGGAUAAAACGGUGACAGCAGAUAAGAGGAAGGGUUUGGUUUAUGUUUAUCAAUCAGACGAUUCGUUGAUGCACUUUUGUUGGAAAGAUCGCACCACUGGAACUUUGGAAGAUGAUUUGAUCAUCUUUCCUGAUGAUAUUGAAUUUAAGCAUUUAGCUCAAUGUACAACUGGAAGAGCUUAUCUACUGAAGUUUAAGAAUUCAUCUCGUAAAUAUUUCUACUGGUUACAAGAACCAAAGACUGAAAAAGAUGAAGAUAAUUGUCGUAAAGUGAACGAUUUUUUGAAUCAUCCACCUGCUCCAGGUUCUAAUAGAAGCGCUGGUGGUAGCGGAGGUCUGCCAUCUGAUUUAUCUGGAUUGGGUGAUUCUGAAUUACAGAAUGUUUUAAGUGGAAUGAGUCAACAACAAUUGAUGCAGCUUCUAGGGGGAGGAUUAGGUCUUGGAGGAGGGGGAUCAGGAGGAUUAUCAUCUCUGUUGGGACGUCCUAGCAGUUCUCAAUCAACUACUUCGGAACCGGGUGUACGACUAUCAAGUUCGCGAAGCAGUACAACAGCAGGGGAGACUACUCCCACAACAACACGUCCUGCUACAGCUGCUGCUUUACCCAGUCCAGCUACAACAUCUGCUGAUAAUAAUAGUAGUGCUCGACAACAGAUACAACUUAGUGAUCUACAGAAUAUUCUCUCUUCUAUAAAUGUGCCACCAACUGAAGAAAGGGACAGAGUUGAUCUAUCCCAAGCAUUGAAUCCUGAAUCUAUGAUUCCAAUAUUGGCUAAUCCUGAUAUACAGAGACAGCUGGUGCCAUAUUUGCCUGAAGGUGAAACUCUACCUAAAACGGAGGGAGAACUACGUAAUACUAUAUCAUCCCCCCAGUUUCAACAGGCAUUGAGUUCUUUUAGUUCUGCUCUACAAUCAGGUGAUCUUGGUCCUCUGAUGACACAGUUCGGAUUAGGGGAGGAUGUAGCCAAUGCAGCUGCACAAGGAGAUAUGGAAGCGUUUGUAAAAGCCAUGCAGGAAGGGAUGAAAAAGGAAGAUGAUAAAAAGGAUGACAAAGGCGAUGAAAAGAUGGAGCAUUAAAUAAAAUAAAAAAAACAUCCAAGUUUAUCUUAAAAAGAAGUUUGAAAUAAACAAUAAUGAAUAAAAUCUGUACUGUUUUUA